AUGAAUGCCCUCGCUUCAAACACGGCUCUACCGGACCUUUGUGGAGAACAACCACAAAGACCGGUCACUUUGCCGGGAGAAUUCAUCCCCGCUCCAAGGAAGGACAUCAGCCUACAGGCAAAUACUGUUAUUGUUCCCCAUAUGUUAUGCUCAAAGUGCAAACCGAUCCGCGUAUGGCUACAACACAACCAGGAAGUCAAAAAGCAGCCGCUGCCACAAAUUUUUAAUCAUUAUGACACUGGUGCUGGCCUCGAGCAAGCUUACUUGAAAGGAUGUCAUUUAUGUACACUCUUCUGGCGAGCUAUAAAGCACCAGGCAGAUUUUCGGAAUGGUCGUCAAGAGCGCGAGUCAAUGUUGAAACGGAUACGUCAGGAACGACAUAUAAGAGUCGGCAUCCAUGCAUCAGAUUUAGUUGGUGAACCCGCGGACAAGCCCUCGGCCUUGAAAAUUAGCUCAGAAAUUUCUGGAAGCAUCCUUCAUGAGAUAUACCUUUUCCUGCGUUUAUGGCAGGACGAACUUCGAUUCUUGGCACUGGCUGACAUGGAACCAUCAGUUUCUUCGUCAAUACCGGUUUCUGCAGCGCCAAUGAGCAUCACCACCUCAUCCAGUUCCACUCUUCAUUUAGUUGCCAGUUGGCUGGAGCUGUGCGUGACGAGACAUCGAAGCUGCCAGCCAGCUGUUAAUUAUGCCUCUGCGUUGCCUAAGAGACUUCUCGAUUUGAGCGAAGAAGAUGGGACCAAUCAGGUGAAAGUGGUUUUGACUGAUGAUAGCUUCUUUGGAACCAAAUACGCUGCAGUCAGUUACUGCUGGGGAAAUUCUUCGGGAUAUAGGCUGACUUCAUCGACUAUGACGAAGCUGCAAGCUGGAAUAGGUAUUCAAGAGGUGCCUCAAACUAUACAAGACGCGAUUUAUAUCGCUCGAAGGCUGGGUUUAAGGUGGCUUUGGGUUGAUUCGCUGUGUAUAAUCCAGGACUCCUUCGUUGAUUGGGCUCGAGAAGCAGAAUCAAUGGUCGACGUGUAUCAAAAUUGUUUCUUGUGCAUUGCCGCUGUGGGUGCAGUAAGCAGUAAUUUAGGGCUUUUCGCCAAACGGGACCCCCUUCUUUACCAGCGUUGUCAAAUGACAACCGACUUGGGGGGGAGGACAAUCUGGGCAGAACCUAGUCUAUCUCCCAACGAUGAUCUCCGCGCCGACCUUGACAAUUCUGCUCUGCAUAUGAGAGGAUGGGCUGUGCAGGAAUGGCUCUUAUCCCCAAGGACUCUCAGCUUCGGCUCACGAAUUUUCUGGGAAUGUCGCGAGCAUUUUUGUGAAGAGACUGGGAGGGUUGAUGGUUACAAGAAGUUAGGAUUCAAACACGACUUUUCAACUAUGGUUUUGCAAAGGACAGGGUCGGCCCAGUUGUCCAAUGAGUCUAAGGAGGCAAUCUGGCGAUUAUGGCACAAAAUUUUAUUUGCUUAUACCAGAGCCAAGUUGACGGAAAAGACUGACAGGCUGAUUGCUCUUACCGGGAUAAUUCGGGCGUUUGAGAGGUCUACUGGUUGGCGGAACAUCGCUGGGUUGUGGGAGCCUUUCAUGCCUAAGGAGCUUGCAUGGAAGAUUAAAGAAGAUCAUCCAGACCGAGCGCUUGCAGGUCCCUCGUGGUCUUGGACCGCUGUCAAUGGAGACAUCUCCAUGCUGAGUACGGCCCUGGUAGAAGACCUAGCAUGUGUUGCAGUGCUGAGAGAUACGAGGCUGAGUGAUGGCCCCGAUACAGACCCACAGGCUAUGAUUUCCAUAACUGGCACAACCUUCAGAUUCACUGAAGACUCACCCCGUGGGUCAUUUUGCACUCUGGUUGAUGUGCAUGAGGAUCUAUGGAUUAUAUUCUCGAGGGACUUGGCGCAGUUGAGAAAGCCAGAAAUAUUUCUGCCGCUCGUGAGGAGGCGCAAGAGACAUCGUGAUAUAUAUGGACUGGCAUUGGCAUCCUCGGUCCGCUGGCCGGGGUUAUAUGAACGGGUCGGAUCUGUUGAAGUUCGCAAUCGUAACGGUCCUCCGCUUGCGGAAGUGUUGUUCGAUCCAGCGCGACAUCAAACAAUCACGCUGGUCUAG